GAUCUCUCAAGUUCUCCAAGAUGAGCAUCAGAUAUUCUCCACCGGUGAGCUCUGCAGCUCCCCUGAGGUCUGAGGACGUUGGCCUGACAGAUUCCGGUGUGCUUUGUUUCAGAAGGAUCUCUCCGAGGAGCAGCGCGUCCCCCUGGCGCACCUCUUUUUGGUGAGCCCUUCCAUCGCACAGCGCUUUGGAUGACACUGGUCAGCACUGCUCAUCACCGCAGGAUCAUGUGAGUCACGCCUCCAAGGGACGCUUCGUGAGGGCAACACACCGGGACGGCACCCCGACGGAUCUCCAUUGGGGCUUCCACGGCUUCACCACGAGCCUUUGGGACCUUCAAGAUCAGACAAUUGUCGUGCUAAAGGUCCCGUUCAAGUAUGAGGAGGAACGCGAGCCGGUCAGUCAGUUGACCAUGCCGCCAUUACGAGUCGUGCAAUGCUUUCCUGUCUGCCCGUCUGCCCGUCUGUCUGUCUGUCUGCCUGUCUGUCUGUCUGUCGUGCGGCAGGAUGCGUAUGGGUUCCCCCGCAAUGGCAUGGACGUCUCUCUGGAGGGCGAGGUGGACCAUCCGGCCAUUGUCAAGGUCGUUGGCAUCUACCGCCUCACCGGGCUGCCGGGAUGUGACGCUACCUGCGGCCUCAAGGGCUACAUCAUGAAGGCGUGCAUCGGUCGGUGGCGGUGGCGCCACACACCCGACCCGACACACAUUGGUGCCGUUGAGUGUGUGUGUGUGUGUGUGCAGGGGGGGAUCUCAUGGACUUGCCGCGGUGGACAGAGGUCAGUGAGGCGCUCGUCAUGCCGAUUCUGAAGGACGUCCUCGACGGCUUGAAGUUCCUCCACGACAUCGGCGUCGCACACGGCGAUGUCAUCGUAUGCAACACAGUCCACAUGCGCAAAUCCAUCUCUCUCUCUCUCUCUGUGUUGUGUGUGUCUGUGUGUGUGUGUGUGUGCAGCCUCAGAAUGUGUGUUUGAGGCGUGGAGCGGAUUGGUGCGCGCAUGGGUGUCUGGUCGACAUCGAUCGACUGUUUCGCUUCAGGGACGACCCCCAAUGGGUACGCCACCCCAGCACCAACAUCCUCCACCACCCACACCUGCCUGGCCAUGGAUGUCAGGGGGUGUGGAUAUGGAACGUGUGCAGGCAGACCAGCCCCGCAAGGACCUGCAUCGACUGGGCAACACCAUUCAGCAACAUGUGCUCAAGGACAAAGAAGUGGUCUCUAUCACACACACACACACAAACUGAUGGCUGAAUGGAUCUGUUUGGAAGUGUGGCAUGCUGCAUGUGCGUCAUGUAGAGCCCCGAGGCGCACCGGCUCUUCGACCACCUGCAGGGCUCCACCGACCACGCCCCGCCUGGCGUCGAAGGGGUAACACACACACAUACCAAUGGGCGGAUGGAUGGAUGGAUGCCCUUCUGUCAGGCGUUGGACCUCUUUGACAAAUGGGCGGCGGUGCACGGGCCGGGGGUGCGGGCCAGGCUAACAGGCAACGAGCGGCCGCCGCAGCACCUGGUCAACGCCUACCAGGCCGGGUGGCAAUGGCGGCACCAACAGGUGGGCAGAGGGAGAGCGAGCGAGGGAGGGAGAAGGACACUCAUGCACACAUGCGCAGACACACACACAGAGAGAGAGAGGCUCCCAUUGUCUGUUUCAGGUUCGCGCCAUCCAUCCAAUGUCACCCCAGGCGGCACCAGCACCAGCUGUCCAGCCCAAUGUCGCCAAUGCGUCUCACCAGUCGCCCCACAAUCGCCACCCUCAUGCACCCUCUCUGCCUCCGACGGACCCAUUGCUGCUUCAGAAGGCCCUGAGCAAUCCCUGCCCCCAGAAGGCCCUUGUGGUUCGCGGCGUGUUUCCGGGUGGCGAGUCCACCUGGCGGUGGAACUAUUCGUUGAGGCAGUGGGAGUGGUGGGAGUGGGAGGCCCCCACUGGCUUGUGGCUGGUGAGGACCAGCACGCAGGACACGGGCAUGUGGUUCAAGAGCGUCGGCGACUGCCUCAAGAGCUGGUUCUGUUGCCGCUGUUGCUCUCGACGUGACGUCGGCCGGCCCGGUUUGCCCGGUCUCCAUGCAGAGGCUGCUGCUGCUGUUGCUGCUGCAUGAGCAGCACCGGCCAGCGAGGCUUGAUAGAAGGACUGGUUCAGGGAGAGAGGGAGGGAGGGAGGACGGGAGUGCGACAGCUGAAGUGUACAAUGG